AUGUCGGGUGUCAAAGCCGCACAGCCACAGGGUCUCCAAGACAUCAAGGCCUUAGAUGAAGCUUCGUACCAAAGGCUAGUGCUCCUGAGUCUGGGUAGAUCUUCUUCCCAUUGCAGUCCGUUGCAUAUGGACAGUCGGCAUAUACAUAACUGGCUGGAUGCUCGAUGCUACUGGCAGUUCUUGACAGCGGCCGUGGUAGAUCAUUGGAUGAUCUCACCUAUCCAUAUUCUCAACGAAUGGCAGCCAUUCCAUGAAGCGACUCGCGUCCUCUGGGGCAACCCAAGCAAGGAUAUGCCCCCGUAUCUCGCAGAGCUAAGAAACCACUCCUACUUCCCGUCCGCUCUCCAACGUGGUCUAAAAAGAGCCGAACCGAACUUUGGCAAGCAAUCCCGCCCCGAUCGACUUCUCAACUUCCAUGUUGGACAACAACGGUCCAAUGUGACCAAACAUAAAGCUACCAACGACGACGGUUCUCCUUGUCGGAUGUGGCCCUUCGUAUCUUUAGAGGGGCCGGUGGCGUCGUGCGCAAUUCUUGAGGUUCUUCUGCAGCUGAGGCAUGUCGGUCUGUUAGAGAGUGUCCCUACUGUUUCUGAUUGCAGAUUUGAUGCUGGUCAGGAGAAGCGUCAUACGCAUUAUAGUGAGGAGUGA